AUGGCAAUAAAAAAUGGAACUGAAGUAGUUGAAGGACAGUACCCAUAUCAGGCUUCUUUGCAGUACGUUGGCGGACGACACUUUUGUGGAGCAUCUAUAAUUAAUCGAAGAUAUUUAUUAACUGCGGCGCAUUGUGUUGCUUUUAGAGAUUUAAAUCAUCUUUCUCCGAGUUUGAAGGAUGUAAAGAUAUUGAAAGCAGUUGUCGGCAUGAAUAAACUCGAUGACAAAAAUGCAGUCACAUAUGAAAUAGAGAAAAUAAUCAAGCAUGAACUUUUUAUGGAAAAUAUAUAUGAACCUAAAUUUGCUGACAUUGCAUUAGUUCGAGUCUCAAAAGAUAUAAAAUUCAACGAUAAAGUACAACCAAUCCAAUUAGCCUCUUCAGAAAACAUCGAAGAUUAUCCUUUUGCAGGUAUAUCUGUCACAAUUACUGGUUGGGGAAAUACGCACUUGUGUAUGAGUGAUUUUGAAGAAAACACAAAUUCACUAUUUGUGGCUCAUCAAACAAUUUAUGAUUUUGAAAAAUGUGAAGAGGACUAUACAGUUUAUCAUAAAUCAAAGCAUUCAAAGUUAUCUCAUGUAUCAUUGGUUAAUCGUGGCAUGAUGUGCACUGUUGGCCAUGAAUAUACUUGCAAGGGUGAUUCUGGAGGUCCUGUAGUCACUGGAAGAGGAAUACAAGUGGGUAUUGUUAGUUUUGGGAUGAAAUCUCUACCAGAAGUUUCAACAAAUGUAUGGCCAUGGUAUGAAUGGAUUAUUGAAAAUUCUAAUAUCACCAAUAAUAACCUUUAUCCAUAG